GCCCGCUGCCAGGCUACACGCCGCGGGAGCAACUGCAAGUCAUUGUCGGGAACCUGCGCGAGCGGCAGCUCAAGGGCCCCUGGCGCUCGGCCCACUCCGCGAGCCAGCAGCCGAAGCGCGCCGGCAACAUGGCCGGCAGCAUGGUCGCGAGCGCAGCCGAGAACAUCAACCAUAAUGGCAGCCAGGUUAGCAGCGACGUCAGCAUCGAUUCCUCUUGCCGGGGCAGCCAGAUUUCCACUGCUUACGCUGGCUCGUCCAGCAGUCUGGCUAACAGCUUCACCGGCCAAUUGGGGACUGGCAUCGCCUGCUCCGAGGCAGCCGCCCCAGAGGGACUCUCCAGCCUCGGCGCCCGCCUGCACAUGCACGGCCAGUGCACGCCGUGCAAGUUCAUCCGCUCCCUCCGCGGCUGCCGCGACG